AUGACGAGUAAUACAGAGAGUUGUUCGCGAGAAGAAAUUUUAAUUGAUCAUAUUAUAUCAAGGUUACCUGUGAAAUCACUGUUGCGAUUCAAAUGUGUGUGCAAAAAUUGGUGUGAUCUCUUCAAUAGCUUGAGUUUUAUCAGAAAACACUGUGAUAACCGGGGUAAUGGUACUCAUCCAGCUGUUUGCAAGUUCGGUGUUAACUACAACCAUGACCCUGAGCCUUUAAGAAGUUUUAAUUUCUACGUGCUCCCGGAGAAAAUAUUCACCGGGAUUGUCCCUACUCAUCAGAGGCUUUAUCGUUGCGAAGGAGUUACAGAUUUCAGAUGUAUUUAUGGUCCGGUUAACGGCCUAUUCGUAUUAGAGAAAGGACAUUACUUAGAAAAUGUUCGCUUUUGUUGGUGGAAUCCUGCUACUAGAGAGUGUAGGCUUAUUCCUAAAAUGAAUUUUGAGCUUCUGGAUUUUUUCGACGAUCACACCCGGACAGCUGGGAUAGGAUUAGACCUCGUGAACAAUGACUAUAAGUUCAUAUGGAUACGAGUAUUUUACGAUAAUGAUAAAAGUGAAGUCUAUCCUAAGACAUACGUUGCUGUCUAUUCAUUGAACGAUGACUCGUGGAAGUUUUUAGAUGAGCCUGAUUUACCUUACGACUGCAACUUAUGUGUGUCACUUAAUUGCACGUAUUUAGACGGACUUCAUUAUUGGAUGUCUGUAACCACGGACAGUGAUGGUAACACAACAUAUGGUAUUCGAACAUUUGAUUUUGCAACGGAAUUGUUUGGGAAGAGGGAACCACCACCUUUUCCAUCGGAUCAUUGGGGGACUUUAAUGUUACGUUGUGGUUCUAUUGCAGCUAUAUCUUGUAAUGACACUGCGCGGGCUUAUAUAUCAUUUUAUGAUAUAUGGGUAACGAUCGGAGAGGAUAAAUGGAUCAAAGUAUUUACUAUAAAUCCUCAGAUACCAAGUCAUUGGCCUCAAGGCGUUUGGGAUUACGAUAAGUUUAUUUUUGAGCUAACAGAAACUAGAAGCUUGGUUUUCUAUGACCAUAGCACUAAAGAAGUUACAAAUCUUGGAUUUAAUCAUUUUCGGCUUCUAAGUUCUAGCUUCUGUUGGUUUCUGUAUUAUAAGGAGAGUAUAGUCCCAGUAAAGAGAAAAGAACCAACUCCAUUCGAUAACGCUGAAUACUUUUUAACAAAGUAUCGAUAA